AUGCUGUCCUGGCGCUUGCAGACGGGCCCGGAGAAGGCCGAGCUGCAGGAGCUCAACGCCCGGCUCCGGGGUGGGGGAGCGGCGGGGCUCCCGCGAGUGAUUGACUGCCUGGAGGAUGAGAAGGCGGCCCUCACCUUGGCCAUGGCUGACCGGCUGCGGGACUAUCAGGAGCUUGUGCAGGUGAAGACUGGCCUCAGCCUGGAAGUGGCAACCUAUCGGGCCUUACUGGAAGGAGAAAGUAAUCCGGAGAUACUGAUCUGGACUGAGUACAUUGAGAACGUGCCCCAAGAGCUCAGAAACAUAUCCUGUCAAUAUACCGACUCAGUAUUACAGAGGAAAAAUGAAAGAAAUCUAUUUCCAAGGCAGAAAGCACCUUUGGCGAGUGUAAAUCACAGCCCGGCGCUGCACUCUAACCUGUCGGGGCACCUUGGGUCUCGGAGACCCACGUCUAUCAGAAGUGCUACCGGGAGAGGCUUCCUGGGCUCAGGAUAUUCUUCCUUGGCCACAACCCAGCAGGAAAACUCUUACGAAAAAACUUUCAACAGGGAAGCCAAUUUCAGAACUUUCUCUCCGACUUAUGGCUUUUCAAGAGAUACUGAAGCUCAAGUGAAAACAUUCCCCGAUAGACCAAAUACCGAAGUUACAAGGGGUGUACCCACUUAUUUAGCCAGAGAUUCCACAGUUGCCCACGGGUCAUCCCGAGAACGCCGCGACAAUGUGGUGGCAGGUGCUUCUGAGAGCACUUGGUCAGAUGAGAGGACUGUCAUUUUGGAAAAGAAAACAGAAGCAAAAGCCACAAGAGAGCAAGAAAGAAACAGGACAGGAACCAUCAGAACGAAGCACGAAGAGAAAAUGUUCGAUUCUAAAGAGAAGGCUUCAGAGGAAAGAAACUUGCGGUGGGAGGAGCUGACAAAGUUGGACAAGGAAGCGAGAGCGAGAGAAAGCCAGCACAUGAGGGACAAGGCCAAAGGGAAGGGGUCGGCGAAGGAGGAAAGCGUGAGAGAAAGGGACAUACCAAUUAGUCUAGAGCCAUCCCAGGACAGCAGAGCGGAGGUGACCCCAAAAGGUUCACAGACGCCCGCUGGGAAGGAUGCUGGUGGGGGUGCGGGUGGAGAGGCGGGAGCAAGAGCGGCAGGGGUCAGGCUGAGCACCAGUGACACGGCCAGCUCUCCACAGGACGAUUCCAUGACAGAAACCAUAGCAGAAAACAUUGUCACCAGCAUCCUUAAGCAAUUUACCCAGUCUCCUGAUAUGGAAGCAUCUGCUAAUUCUUUUCCUGACACGAAAGUCACUUACGUGGGCAGGAAGGAGCUUCCUGGUGACAGGAAAACAAAGACUGAAAUCGUCGUGGAGUCUAAGCUGACAGCAGAUGUCGACAUUUCAGGUGAAGCUGGCCUGGACUACCUUUUAAGCAAGGAUGUUAAGGAGGUGGGGCUGAAGGGAAGGCCGGCGGAGCAGGUGACAGGAGAUGUCAUCAACCUGGGGCUGAAGGGAAAGGAGGGGAGGGCCAGGGUUGUCAACGUGGAGAUCGUCGAGGAGCCCGUGAGCUACGUGGGUGGUGAGAAGUCAGAGGAGCUGCCGACCCCAUUCGAAGUGGAGGAGGUUGAUGACGUGUCUCCCGGCCCCAAGGGGCUCGUUGAGGAGGAGGAAAGUUACGGGGAGACCGAUGUCACGUUCUCUGUUCAUCAACAUGAGAGGACCGAGCAGCCCCGGGAGAAUAUAACUCACGUUGAAGAGGUGACAGAAGCAGGUGACUCGGAGGGAGAGCAGAGUUAUUUUGUGUCGACCCCAGAUGAGCACCCCGGGGGGCAUGAUGGGGAUGGGGACGAGGGCUCGGUGUACGGGCAGGUUCACAUUGAGGAAGAGUCCACCAUCAGGUACUCUUGGCAAGAUGAAAUCGUGCAGGGGACUUGGAGAAGAAGAAAGAGGGAUGAUGCACUGGGAGAGCAGGUUGUGAAGCCCCUGGAUGUUCCAGAACCCUCUCUGGAAGGGGACGUGGGUCCCACGCACUGGAUAGAACAAGUUAGCAGUGGUGAAUUUCAUGCUGAACCCACAGUCAUUGAAAAAGAAAUUAAAAUACCGCAUGAGUUGCACACCUCCAUUAAGGGCGUCUUCUCCAAGGAGCCCCGGCACCAGCUGGUGGAGGUGAUCGGGCAGCUGGAGGAAACCCUUCCCGAGGGCGUGAAGGAGGAGCUGGCCGCCCUCACCAGGGACGGGGAGGAUGAGCCUGGCAGCGUUUCUGUUGACGUCAAGAAAGUCCAGACCCCGGGUGGUGAUUCUGUCACCUUAGUUGCUGAGGUCAACCUCUCACAAACUGUGGAUGCCGACCAGUUAGACCUGGAGGAACUGAGCAGAGAUGAAGCCAGUGAGAUUGAGAAGGCCGUGGAGUCGGUGGUGCGGGAUGGUUUGACCAAGCGUCAGGGCCAAGCACCUGGAAGCCCGGACGGGGAAGACGGAGCCGAGACCCUGGUCACCGGUAGUCGCUUCAAGCGCUGGGCCACCAGGGAACUGUACAGCCCCUCUGGUGAAGGGGACGACACCAGCCAGGCCUCCUGCAGCACGGAACAGCUCACUUCCCAGGGCCCUGUGUCAGCCACCGUGGAAGUCAGCAGCCCAGGGGGCUUCGUCCAGUCGCAUGUGCAGGAGGACAUGAGCCAGUCUGUAAGGCACAUUAGACUAGGCCCCACUGAAAUCUGGAGGACUGAGCAAGUCUCCUACGAAGGACCCACUGCGGAGGUGGUGGAGAUGGACGUGAGUAACAUAGAGGCGAUCCCCAGCUGGACACCAGAGGCAGGGACAGAGGCAGAAGCUCGCAGGGCCUCUGACCGUGGUGCCUGGAGAGAUGCUGACAGUAGGAAUGACCAGGCAGCUGGCGUGAGCUUUCAGGCCUCUGCUGGGGACGGACACCAGGCCCCUGGAGAAAAGGGCAUGCAGCAGGCCGACUUCGAUAAGACGGUGCAGCUGCAGAGGAUGGUAGACCAAAGGUCGGUGAUUUCUGAUGAGAAGAAAGUGGCCCUCCUGUACCUAGACAAGGAGGAGGAGGAGAGUGAUGGGCAUUGGUUUUGAUAAGCAGAUACAUUUUGUCUUAAAUGGCAUCUUGUUCAGUAACAUGCCAACAUACAAAGGCGUGCACUUAUUUCGAGGGGUGGGGGGAGGCUCACCAUUAAACCUCCCCUUUUAUGCUUUCUUUAAAGAGUACUCCAGGCAGUGUCAAUUUACUAUAAUCUGUAAAGGUUUCAAAUUAAUUCAUGCCUUAAAAGGCAUUGGAAUUUUAUUUUUGAGUGGGAUCUUUUACAAAACACUUCUUUUUAGUCUUAAAGUUCCUUUUUCUGGAGUUUUCUCUUCACUUCUGGAGAUGAUUUCUACCAGUUUUGCACCUGUUCAUGGACAUGGCUUGCGUUUGUUUGAAACUAUAAUUAGUUAUCUAUAGACAAGGUGCCUAAACAUUAACCAGAUUAAAGUAAUAUAUUUAAGAGUAGAUUUUGUUUGCAUGUGCUAAUAUGAAUUAAUAAACUAACAUCUUUAGGAAAAAAUAAAUACAUUUUUCUCUUUCCAAAAUCUUUUCAAAAAGAAACCAUAGGAAAUAAGAAGACUGCUUAUGUUAAAAAAAAAUCUGCUCAAUGAUUUCAUCUUUAGUACAAAGUUACUUACAGAGUUAAAUUCAUUGCAAGACGAAUGAAUUGCUUUCUGUGUGCAAACCUUUUAAAAAUAUAAUACUUUAUGUAUGGAGAGGACAGUUGUAGUCCAUUGCAUAUUUCAGGUCAACAUACUUGCUGUGUUUGCACACGUUCCCUGCCCUGGAUCCACGGGUAGGGGAAAUGAUUAUUGGGAAUUGCUUACAUUACUGUUUCUUUUUUUUUUUGCGGCACUAAGUCGUUGAGUAGCGCCCAGUCUGAAUACUCUUUUUUGUUAUAACCUAAGUUCUGGAGUAGCUGGCUCCUAUCUGAGUUUAUAUACUCGAGCUCUUCUGCACCUUAGCCCUUAGCACCAAAACAUUUCAUUUCACUGGUGGGAGGUAGACCCCGAAGACAAUGAAGAGAAUGUUGAUGCUCAGACUCCAGCUGGACCAGCAAGUUGGUCGUGCCCAGGAAAGUGGGAAACGCAAGGUGGACUGUGCCUCCCAAAGAAGCUGUUCUCAACCCACUCGCGUGGUGGUAGGCUUUCUGAGCUCAAAGAAUGAAAGAUGAAAGUGACAACUACACGCCAAACUCACGGAUUUAUGCACUUUCAACAAAAACCAGACAGUGGGGUGUUUUGUCCGGGGAAACGAAUAAUACAACACAGUAAGUAGAGUAAGAUGGGAAGGAACAGAGCGCCUCCCCCGCAGCCCUGCACUGAGGCCCCCAGGACGGGCCCUGCAGGAUGACAAAGGCCCCCGCUCUCACAGGCCACAGAGUGUGGACCUGCAGAUGUACAGCACCUAGUUUAGGAUAUUAGGAUGAGUGUGUUCUGUUGAAUCCACUUUAUUUUACAAAAGGGUCUUGUUUUUAGAGCUUCCAUCUUUAAAGGUUGUGUAGCAUCACAUAAAGAUAGCAUCUCUAGCAGCACAGCGUUAUUUUAGUCCAGACUAGUUUCCUUCACGUUGUGUCUGAACUGUCCUUCCUGUAACAUGGUGUCACAGAACGGACUGUAGCACACUGAGGAAUGAGGAUUUGAGGUCAUGCUACCCUGAGGUAGGUUAUGAUGUUGGGGCAGGGGUACGGCAUUGGAGGGCCUUCCCUCUGGGUUUCACAUAGUGGCCCUCAGACCCCCAAGGUGCAUGGCUCUUGGUCCCGGUAAUGGCUACAGCAGGUAGUUUAGGGAGAGUGAGUUUUCUUAGUUGAUAAGUGGAGGAGAAAUGCAGCAUAGCUUUCAAGACGAUCUGUUUUAAAAACACUGUGAAUCAGGGUUUUUUUAAAGAAAAAGUUGAUUUGAAUUGCAGGUUUAAACCUUUCCUGUUCAUCUGCCAAAUGAACUAGUGAUUGUUAGACUGCAGGUGACUGCCCAGACUUGUCAUUUCUAAAACAGUCAAAGAUGUUCUGAUCUUAUUUUAGCUGUAAUUUGUAAUGAUAUUCAUAUAAGUGAUUUAUUGGUCAAGGUGACAGCCUCCUCUUUGAUGGCAAGACAGACUGACGAUGAGGAGUCUGUUAGUCUAAGUGGCUUACUUUGAUGUCACUAUCCUAGCUCGUGACCUUGUAAAUGGAUGCCGAUGUGAACAGAUUAUUAGUGUCCCACUUCUAUUUACUUUUGGAAAAUAAAUAUAUCUUACAUCUUAGUUAUCAUCUCCAAGUUGUAAUGGAUGUCUUCAAGAAGUAUCUUACUAGAAGUAUUUACCAUGGAAUUGUAAACUGUGGUUGGUUAUUAAGUCUCUGGAUCACCAAGGAGCAGGGUGUGCCCUUGACAUUGGGACAGGUCACCCCAAAGCUCCGUGUUCUUUAAAAACAGUCACUUUGGAGACAGAGAAAUCAACUUUGUGGUUGGACGGGGUGUGGACACAACCAGUCUUCCUAUUUAUUGUUGUUGAGAUAAAACAAUAUUCAUCUAACGUUUUCAACUUCCCAAUGGUUGCUUUGAUAUUAAGUUGUAUAUUUAGAAUGAAAUCAUCUAAGAAGCUGGUUUUGCUAACUUCCUGUUCCCAACAAAGGGAAAUGUCACAAGAAUGUGUAAAAAUAAAAAUCUGAGGGGGAAAAAACCAUAUUGUUCCUAAAGAGAAUGAAUUGUUUUCCAGUAGAUUUUGGUGUGGUUUCUUUUAAACUCUAAUUAAAAGCAUCUGUGUGUUUACAGUCA